UAAUAAUGGUUAUGGUCUUCAUUUACACGAUACAAAUAGAUUGAACAACAAUAGCGAGCGCCUUAACAACAAUUAAUAAUUAUAUAUAUAUUCAAAAUGAAUAAAUUUCUAUUUUCAUUGACCACAAUGGUGAUGAUCAUUUUGGUGGUGAACGAAAUGACACCAAUUACUGAAGCCAUUUUUUGUACAGAAGAUUUCUGUAAAGGUGUAGAAUGUCCAUCAUUAACACCACAAGAUUGUCAGAAUAAAUCGGAUGGCCGUUAUCGUUUUGUACAAAAUGGUGGUACUUGUGGCUGCUGUCCAUUUUGUGUACGAGUUUUUGCUAAAGGAGAAGAUUGUAGCCAAACAUUGAUUCAACCACGAAUGGCUGGUACUUCUUUACGUAGUGAAUGUGAACAAGGCACACGUUGUGAUGGAACAACACUUAAAUGUGUAUAAGAAAAAAAAAUUCAAUUUUUUGUUAAAAUGAAAAAAAAAUUAUUUUAAUUUAUAAAAUAAUGAUGACGAUGAAAAUUUUUAUCAUCAAACUGUUUGAAUUAAAAUAAAAAUCAUCAAACAUGUUAUUGUCUUUCGGGUAA